UGCUGUUCGCUUGUUUUGUUUCUUCAUUUUUGAGGUGGAAAAUCGUGGAAAAUGGACACGAUCGAUCUGGAAACGCGGCUGCAGGCGCUGGAGAGUCGAGUCUACGGCGACAGGAGGAAUAAAAGUGGGAAGCCCGUGAAGUGUGCAGAGUCCAUCGCCAGGAUCCAGACGGCCCUGGGGUCAACAGCCAACAAACGAGAACGAGUCAAGAUCCUGCACAAAAAGAUUGAGGACCUGGUGAAGUAUCUGGACCCUCAGUUCACAGAUCACAUCUCGCUUCCAGACGCCAUGAAGCUGGAGUUCAUCCUCGCAGAGGAGGAGUUUCUGACCUCUCAGGCGGCGUUACUGGAGCAGGUGAACACUCUGCAGCCGCUGCUGGACAGCACCUACAUCAGAGAUGUUCCAGAGCACGCCACUAAGCUACAGCGUCUGUCUCAGAUCCACAUUAAACAGCAGGACCAAAGUGAUGCUCAGGCCGUGGAGGUGAAGAAACUCUUUGACGAAUACAACAAAAUGAUGUUCCUGCUGUCGAAACAGUUCACUCAGUGGGACGAGACACUCCGAGCGCUGGAGGAAGCCAAAGGGAUCAAACCUGUGGAGUGAUGCCCCAAAACACAGCGCCCCCAUGUGACUGAACGUAGCUCACUACAACGCUGUUGUAUUUAGUUGGAUUAUUCAAUGUAUUCAAGUUUUUGGAUUUGUUUACAUAUUAAGUCCAGAUUUCUCGACUUGUUUUAAAGAUUUAUCUGGUUUCUUUUUGUUUAAGAUGUUUAUCUUACUCCAUAGCCAGAGAAUUGUUAAAAGCAUUGAAAUUAAUCUAUGAAUCCAGGUCCACAUACACUUUAACUAUCUUACACUCAGAUCAGGAUACACAUUCCAUUCAUUCAGUUCAUUCACUACUUUUGUUCAUUAUUUAAAAGUUUAAAUUAAAGUAAACCUGAAACUUUA